AUGGCUUCAUUGCUCAACGGCGGCAUUGCUUUUAUAACGGGAGCAGGCUCUGGAAUCGGCAGAGCCACAGGGAAGCAGUUUGCACACUAUGGAGCGAAGGGCCUGGUGUUAACCGACAUCAAUGAAGCCGGGCUACAGCAGACCAAGGAGGAGAUCCAAGCAAAGUACCCUGCGAUCGAGAUUGAAACGAUCCAGAUGGACGUCACGAACGAGUCGUCCAUCGUAUCAGCCCACAAAGCAGCGGUUGAGCGAUUUGGGCGUAUCGAUUAUGCUGUCAACAACGCGGGUACACCAGGUCAUAUGGUGGCUAGUUCAGAGUCGAGCCUCAGCGAGUUCAAGUUUGGAAUCGACGUCAAUUUAUUUGGUGUCUGGAUGUGUCAGCGAGAGCAAUUAAAGCAGAUGGAGUCUCAGCAGGCCGAUGAAAGGUUCUUUCCCAUCCCCAUUGGUGCCCUUGAACGCAGGGGUUCUAUUGUCAACCUCUCAUCAAUCUACGGCCAUACCUGCGGGAAGAAUACAACUUCUUACUGCGCGGCCAAGCAUGCCGUCCUCGGGAUGACGAGAAGCGACGGCGCCAACUACGCCAAAAGCGGCAUCCGAGUAAACGCAGUCUGCCCAGGAUAUACGGACACUCCAAUGCUCCGAAUGCCCGGCGCGGGUCGGUCGGUAGGAAUGGACGACUAUCUCAGGGUCUGCCCAAUGGGUCGUCUAGGGGAAGCACGAGAGAUUGCGGAUGUUAUCGUCUUUCUGUCCUCUCCCAUGGCUAGCUAUGUGACGGGACAGGAUAUUCCGGUAGACGGCGGCUUCCUCAUCGUCUGA